CAUGCGUGGUCUGCCGCACGGCCGACCCACGAGAGUGACAAGACAGCCGAUACGCUAGAGAAAGAAGUCCAGCUCAUCCGAGAAGCUGAGAAAGGGCGCACGUCCCAUACAACGCCCGACGCAUGCAUGCUGACAUUUUCUGCUCUAGAACACACGCGACAACGCCUAAACGACUUCAUCACGCACAUAAAAAUCGCUCUGGCUGCUCUGACUGGACUU